AUGUUCCUGACAACUUGCUUACUACUGCUUGCGAUUGCGUUUUCGUCAUGCCAACAAAUGCGUCAACAUGAGACUGCCACUGGUGAUGGGUAUGCAACCAUUCGAAUUUCUGUGGGUUUAUUGGGAGAUAAUUUAACGGACGUAUGGCGCGGUGUAUAUGGCAGUGCAAAUGAGGUGAUGAAUAUUGUGGAGACGACCUGUUCGAAA